AAAAAUUGUGUCUAUGGACUAGCCAUAUCUGAUGCAGACAGGCCCAACCAACAGAAUCAUCUCCGGAAGCGCACGACCGCAACAUAAUUUUGCGCGGCCUCUUAACCCUACGCGUUCCCCCUCAGCUUUUGUUAUAGCUGUUGAAAUCGAGGCUAUCGACUACCGCCGCAGCUUUGCAGAUGCUAGAGAAUAUCUGAUUUGUUGCUUAUCGAAGAUGUAAACCAAACAUCCAUGAAAAAAAUUUGAACGAUACUCUGCCUGCUGCUCUGAUCGCGACGUUAGCUACGGAGCAUUUGUGGCUCAAGACUGUCGCGCCCUUCUUGCUACGGCCGACAAUGAAGACAAAUCAUGCGUUGAGGGUGCUAAUUAAAUAGCAUUUGAGCUCUCUGGACUCACCGAAGCUAGUUGAGUACUCCCCGAAAUCUGGCGUGCGUAUGUCACUUAGGUGAAGAUUGCAACGUUGCUGUGACCAAUCAUUCAAAAAGGCUGAUUAUGAUAUUCAAUACUGUCGUCAAGUCAUCGGCAAAUCCGGCUACAAUAUUCAUCUGCCCCAGCUUUGACGGCAACAUUGCUAGUAACAUCGCAAUCGCGCGGCUGGUGCUACCUAUGCCCGACGUCGUUCCUCAUCCUGGCGUCUGCCCUGUUGGGCUUUUAAAGUACUUGCGAGGUCACUGCUUUGCAAUACAUGUCACCAGUCACAAAGAAGUCAUUAUUUUAGAAACUGGUAUUAUGCCGAUCAUAUCGGCAACCUAUUGUUUUGCUCUAUCAGCUUCAUACCCCCAAUCAAGGUCUUUCAAGAUCCAAGAACGUAGUAGCUACGCUCGAAUCCAGUGCUCGACUUUAGAAAAUUUGUAAAUACCAUUCAGUGUAUACACAGAGAAGCCACUCGUACCUUAUCAUACAGACUACCUAAACUCUGGCACACUAACUCGAUGGUUUAGCUCUUAGCCGAGAAUUAGCCCGAUCGUCACUGGCUUUUUAUAUCCAAAAUCGGUCUAUUCAUUCUUACGAAGCCCGAGUACAAUAAUGGAAGACAAUUGAAAGACAUUUUUGCGCCUGUACAAGAUAAUC